GUGUAAGCUCAAGAGUGCACCGUAGGUAUCAUCAUCCGUUGGACUUUCGUCUGCUUCCACGACUAUUCUUGGCUCACUGAUCUCAAAGCGUUAGCAGCCACACCGAAAAGGUUUAUUACAUACUGCUGUUCCAUGGCACAUCGUCCACUUCAUCCCUUCCAGACUGUAAGUUUUGGAUUUGCGAAAACAGCUGAAUCUGUUCAUGCAGACUCCAUCUAGAAUUCGGCACUAAUCUCUUAAAAUCACGUGCUGCGCGGGAUGAGAAUUUGUGCAAGUUGCAUCGUGUACACAUCGUGUAAGCCAAUCUGGAGUAUAAGCUGUCUGAGGUUGAUUAUGGAAUGAAAGAGGGCCGUCGUUUUUCGUCAAAGAGAAAGGAGAGGGCCCUGCUUUCCUGCUGUUGACGGUGGAAUCAGGCUCGUUUUAAUUUUGAGAAAUUCUUGAAAGGCACCUUUCAGAGAGAGGGAGAGAGAGAGAGAUUUGUUUCUGCGUCCAAGAGUGAUGUGAGUUGACAUGAGGCCACUCUCAUCAAAAGAUGAGAACGAAUAUAAGAAGAGAUGAAAUAUUCUCCGAAAAUGUCUUUGACCUGGUUGAAAGAAGAGCCCAAAGGCGAUUUUUCAUUAGUAUCCCUACUUUCACGCAACUAGAAAUAGAAUUAAGGGAGGAUUCAUGUAGAAAGACGAAUCCUUAUGUUGCUGGACUACUAUAGCUUUAAGCAGGAGAUGCCCUUCGUACUGAAGGUUACUUGUAGUUCUUGGCUUAACCGCUUCAAAAGUUAGCCCAAGCAGUGAACUUCGGAGAAGCAGGGCUGUGUCCUUGGAAGCAUGAUGAUCUUGCGAAUUCAUAAAGACUUGCUGAGCUUCUCGUGCUUGAUGAUUGUGUGUCAAGGUUUGCUUAUGUAAGCAAGACUUCGGGGUUUGACCGACUCAACCACUAUCUGUCACGUAUGCAUCGAAGUACUGCAUUGUGCAAUCGAGUGAAACCAAGGAAGCCGAGAAUACCAUCGAGUGUCUUUGACAAGGAGCAAUUCGUCUCUAAACCUGACGGAGGUGUAUGGUUGCAGAAACGGUGGGUACUUCAGUAAUGUGCACAUACCUCACGCCUCGGAAUGUUAUCCGGCCCCUGGCACAAGUCGUGAAAAGUGUGAUGGCAUCGGAAGGUCUGCGUUGGAUAUGGAUCAGCCCGAAAACUUUGAUCUACCUGCUCACCAAGCUUCGACAAAGUCAGAAUAACACAAAAAGACAUCGCUCAAACUUUGCAUCUGUUGUGCAUCGUAGAGGGACCCAUGGAGUCCAACCGGAUUGAUGUGACACACACAACAUAUCACAAAAGCUUGUGGGAUAUAAUGAUUAGGCAGAUUUGAUGGGACUUGUGUGGGGCUACUCCAGCUUGACUUUACUCAACAGUCCAAUUUGUACUUUUUGUUGGAUGGAUGGGGUUAGGUGGGGCGCUCAUGCAAGGUCUCGGGCCCUAGACAUAUUAUUCAAACUUUCUGUUUUCUGGUGGUAAUUUUACAACUUCCAGGGUACUGCCCUGAGGUCAAUUCAAAGCAGC